AUAGUAGGCAUCGUGCUAUAAAAUCCAUCCAUGAUUUCGAUUAAAUUUGGGAUAACAUAGGGAUUUUUAUCCCGGAAUCAGGCGCAGUGCUGAACCAGAUUAACCCUUAGGCUAAUUACGAGUAUGUUGCAGCCUAGGCACGAGGAUCUGGGAGUAUUGAAAUCGUACAAUCGCAUGCACUGACUCGUGUAAUAAUGAGCAAACGUAAGAAUCCAUCGGGUGCUGGUAACUUAAAUGCAGACUUUUGUGAUUUUCUCAUGGAGUUAUCUGAAUACGAGAAAAAUGUUUCGCGUAACAUCCAUAAAUUUAACGCAUAUAAAAAAGCUGCCGGUGUAUUAGCAGCACAUCACAAAAGAAUUGAAUCAGGAGAUGAAGCCAAGAAAUUGAAUGGAAUUGGAGACAAAAUAGCAAAGAAAAUUGAUGAAUUUCUACAAACUGGCAAAUUAAGAAAAUUGGAAACUAUACAUCAGGAUGAACAGGCUAAAGCAAUAAAUUUGCUGACGCGUGUCUCAGGCAUCGGACCCGUCAAAGCUGCAGAACUCGUUAGAGGUGGAAUCAUUUCCAUUGAUGGCUUAAGGCUCAAUUUAGAUAAACUGAACCAUCAUCAGAUAAUUGGAUUGAAACAUUUCGAAGAUUUUGAAAAGAAAAUUCCUCGAUCAGAAAUGCAAGAACUAGAGAGCAAGUUAAAGGAAAUUAUCUUCGAAAUGGAUUCAGAAUUCACAAUAACAAUUUGCGGGAGUUACAGACGGGGUAAAGCAGAAAGUGGUGAUAUCGAUGCUCUGGUGACCCAUCCCAGUCUAAAAGUAGGCGAGGGAAAGAAAAAACGAGAUGCGACUCUUUUGAAAACUUUGGUGGAGCAGUUAAGAGAAAGUCUGGUUACAGAUACUAUAUCAAUGGGAGAUACUAAGUUUAUGGGGGUCUGUCGCCUCUCGAGCGAGUUCCCGUACCGCCGCCUGGACAUCCGCCUGAUCCCGUGCGAGCAGUACCACUGCGCCGUGCUGUACUUUACCGGCAGUGACGUGUUCAACAAGACGAUGCGUGCGCACGCGCUCGAGCAAGGCUUCACGCUCAACGAAUACGCGCUGCGUCCCGUCGGUGUUACAGGAAUUCCAGGAGAGCCAAUCCCUAUUUCAUCGGAACAAGACAUAUUUGACUACAUUAACUUUCCAUACAAAAAACCAGAAGAACGUAAUAUGUAAUAUCUAAAACAAAAUAAAACUUUAAUGAGUAUAUAUAUUAAGAAAUAAGAUAGAAUCCCCAUGU